GAAGGCAAAAUUUUAUUGAUUUUCUAUUUUUCUUAUGAUGUUCUUUGCAUUGCAGUUUAAAUGCAGAUUCUAUUGUAGAAUUCCACUGCGUCAUGAUUUUCAUCCCUGUCAGCAAUUCAAUCUCAGUGAAAUUCGUUUUAAAAUCUCAAUUUCAAUCCCAAAAGUGCCAAUCCUCUCUUCCCAGUUCUUUUUAGUUAAAUUCCUAGCAACACAGCCACAUACUAACCAUUCAUUCUGUUACCUUGUUCACAAUUUAGAAGUGCAGGGGGUGUUAAAGACGAGGAUCAAGUGGUGGAUCCUUAUGAUUACAAUGUGACAUAACUUAGAUAAGACGUCUAGAUUCUAGAAUUAGAGAAUUGCUUUUGGUGUUUAAGCUUAUGCCAUGUGAUGCGUUGUUUACUUGUGUUUUGGAAUUGUGGACUGUUUUUUAUUAUAUUAUGGGUAUAACUAUAGAAUAUGAUGCCUGGCAUUUAUGUAAUAUGGAUUAUGAAUAUGCAUUAUGAAUUUUGUAAAAUCCUAGAAAUCAUUUUGGGAAUUUUACCUGCCUUCUCAAUUUAAGUUAAAUUCCUGAUUUUAACUACCUUGCUUUUGUAUGUUGCGUUACUGGUAUUGUUGGUUGGAUGAUCUGAAAGGGCUUGGCUUUUCCCAUAAGCCAUAAAGUGCUUCACCUUGGUCCAAUUUUUAAGUCUUUCCUCCCAACUGCUAUGGCGGGAGAAACAUCUUGGAUAAGUCACUAUGAUGACAGACAGAGGGAGAAUGGAGUGUUUGAUUCAUUUCUAGAAGUUGGUGAGGAAGGUGACAAAGAUGCAACUGCUGUUUCUUUGGAUGUCAUUUUGCCUGAUGACUUGUUGGAACGAAUCCUAGCCUAUCUACCUGUUGCAAGCAUUUUCAGAGCUGGUUGUGUGUCCAAGAGAUGGCAUGAAAUUGUUAAUUCAGAGAGGUUUUUAUGGAACCUUUCACACGUUCUACCGCAGAAGCCAUGGUACUUUAUGUUUACAAGCUCUGAUGAACCAAUUGGUUAUGCUUUUGAUCCUGUUUUCCGUAAAUGGUAUAGCAUUGAACUUCCAUGCAUUGGAACAUCAAAUUGGUUCAUUGCUUCAUCAAUUGGCAUGGUCUGCUUCAUGGACAAUGACAGCAGAAGUGAGUUAUGCAUCUGCAACCCAAUCACCAAGACCUACAAGAAGCUCGAGGAGCCUCCUGGUUUGAAAUUCUCUGAUUACAGUGCAUUGGCAAUAUCAGUGAACAGGGAAUCUCACAUUUAUUCUGUGGCAAUUGUAAAAUCUAAACAAGUUCCUGAGAACUUUUUCCAGUGGGAUAUCUCAAUUCAUAUAUACAAUUCAGUAAACACAACCUGGGUGACCACUUUAACAGAAGUUUUGAUGGGGUGGAGAGGUGGUGAUGAGAGUGUUAUAUGCAAUGGGAUGCUAUACUUUCUAGUUUAUUCAACUGGGGGUGGCCAACCGGAAAAUCGCCAUGCCCUAAUUUCUUAUAACAUGUCUAACCGUUCUUCUCAGGGUAGCUUGACAAGGAGCUUUAUUCCAGUACCAUGUUCUCUAACUUGUGGCCGUCUGAUGAAUCUGAAGGAGAAACUUGUGAUGGUGGGAGGAAUUGGCAAACCAGAUCGACCAGACAUAAUAAAAGGAAUUGGUAUUUGGCUUCUAAAUGAUAAGACUUGGGAAGAAAUUGCUCGAAUGCCCCACAAAUUCUUCCAAGGCUUUGGAGAGUUUGAUGAUGUUUUUGCUAGCAGUGGUGCAGAUGAUCUGAUAUACAUUCAGAGUUAUGGAGCUCCGGCGCUUCUCAUAUUUGACACCAACCAUAAACAAUGGAAAUGGUCUCAGAAGUGCCCUGUCACAAAACGAUUCCCGCUGCAGCUUUUUACUGGCUUUUGCUUUGAGCCUAGACUUGAAAUAGCUCCCUAGUUCUCCUUACUAUCAGCAGCUACUACUGAGAAUUGUGUCCAAGGUUUCUGCUCAUUUUCUUCCAUUGUUCUUCAAGUACAAAUUUCUUAUGAUUUCAGUGUUUUCACAGUUCAUACAGCAAAAUGUUCUUCCUGAUAAAACUGCUUAUUCAUGGAUACGGGAAUAUUAUUAAUAGCA